AUGCAGCAGCAACAGCAACAGCAACAGCAGCAGCAGCAGCAGCAGCAACAACAACAGCAGCAGCAACAGGGCAACAACAGCAACAACAACAACAAUAAUAAUAACAACGCCAAGGGCAACUCGAAACGCCCAGUUGUUGAUGUUGAUGCAAACCGAUUUGCUGGUGCUAUGCUAGAGGGAUUCGUCGGACAAAUUUAUUCUCUGUGCAAGGAUCAGCACGGCUGUCGUUACCUUCAAAAGAAGCUCGAGGAGCAGAAUGAGGCCUACUUGGCCAUCAUUUUCAAUGAGGUCUUUAGCCAUUUUGUUGAGCUGAUGACUGACCCGUUCGGAAAUUAUCUCUGCCAGAAGCUACUCGAGUAUUGCGGGGAUGAUCAGCGCACUGUUAUCGUCGAGACCGUGGCGCCUGAACUAGUCAACAUCUCGCUGAACAUGCAUGGCACGAGAGCUGUCCAAAAGAUGAUCGAAUUCCUCUCGACUCCUCAGCAGAUUGCGAUCGUUGUUGUGGCUCUGAACCCGAGUGUUGUGACGCUGAUCAAGGACCUUAACGGAAACCAUGUCAUUCAAAAGUGUCUCAACCGCUUGGCGUCGGAGGACAACCAGUUCAUUUACAACGCCAUCAGUGCGCACUGCAUUGAGGUCGCCACUCACCGCCACGGAUGCUGCGUUCUGCAGCGCUGCAUCGAUCACGCAUCGGCUUCGCAAAAGGUUCAGCUCGUGCGCGAGAUCACCUACAACGCCCUUGCACUUGUCCAGGAUCCCUUCGGCAACUAUGUGGUCCAGUAUGUGUUGGACCUUGCCGACAACCGCUUCACGGACGCAUUAAUCCGCCGCUUCAUUGGCAACGUCUGCGUGCUCUCGGUUCAAAAAUUCAGCUCCAAUGUCAUCGAGAAGUGCAUUCGUGUUGCUGAACCGGACACUCGCAAGUUUUUGGUUGAGGAGAUGAUCAACAAGGCUCGCCUGGACAAACUUCUUCGGGAUUCCUAUGCCAACUAUGUUGUUCAAACCGCCCUCGACUUUGCGGACCCUAUUCAGCGCGUACAGCUCGUGGAGUGCAUCCGACCCUUGCUCCCUGCGAUCCGCAACACGCCCUAUGGCAAACGCAUCCAGAGCAAGCUACAUCGUGAUCAGCUCUCGUCCGUGAACCAGCUCGCGCACAUGAAUAUGAAUAACAUGGGCGGUAUGGGACCUAUGAAUGGCAUGAACGGCAUGAAUGGUAUCGCUGGCAUGGGUAGCAUGGGCAACCUAGGCGGUAUGGGCAACCUGAGCGGCAUGGGCAUGGGCAACAUGAACGGCAUGGGCGGCAUGCCCAAUGGCAUGGCGAUGAAUAUGGCGAGCAUGGCCAACAACAUGAACAGCCUGGGACCUAUGAGCGUGAUGCCUAUGCCGAAUAUGUCGAACAUGAGCAACGUCGGGGGCAUGCCUGGCGCUAUGAGCAACGGCAACAUGAACGGUAUGAACGGCGGCAGCAACAUGAACGGCAUGACCAAUAUGCCGAACAACCUGAAUGGCAACAUGAUGGGGUUCGGUUUCUCUGGCAUGAACCACUUUGGGAACGUGGGCAUCAUUGGGAUGAACGACUACAACCCGUACGGGUACAUGUAA